UUCAUCAGUUCAGUUCAAAUCAACAGCCAGUUCGGAAUAAAAUUCUAUUUUAUUUUCAAAAACAUAUAAAUUUAAAGGAUUAUUCCUGCGUGAACACCUAGUGCUAAAUUACAAGUUUUUUUUAAAUUUUUUAAGUUUAUAUAGUGUGUGGUCGAGUUAAAAGUGUCAGAAAUGCUAAAGAAGAGUAUAACUUGUAUGAAUACAAAAACAACGUUCAUGCUGCGCCAGUUAAUGGGGUUAAGAACCGAGACAUCCACAGCAUUGAAGUUCCUGCCUUUUUAUCCUUACCCCGGCCCCAAUAGUCUGAAGUUUCGCUACAUAACAGAGCCCCAGUUCGCGAUAUGUAAACAAUUUUCUCAACACCAGUUAACUCAGAGGGCCUCGAUCGCUAACUGUUCCGAAAGAUUUGGAGUGCGCAACCCGACGUAUGUGCCUUUCCUAAGGUAUAUAGGAGAAGAUGAUGAGGGGCGCAAUACCGGUCCUCUUACCGUUGAGGAGAGAAACGAGGCGAAUUAUGAGAAGAGAAUAAAAGCGAACAGACUUUGGGAGGCCGAGCAAAAGCAGCAGGCGAAGCAGCAGGCGAAGCAGCAGGCGAAGCAGCAGGCGAAGCGGCAGGCCAAGCAGCAGCCCCACAAGCAGCUAGACGAGCAGCCCUACAAGCAACCCCACAAGCAACCCCAGCAGUACCAUCGGCACAACGAACAACAUCAACAGAGGAACGCUCAGCAUCGUCAACGCCAGGACCACCAGCAGCACCAUCACCAGCUUCACCAUCGAAAGAAGGAUGAACGGUACGUGUUUCCCCAAGAAAUCCAGGCGAAGGCUGUAAAACAAUUGAAGCCAAAGCCUGAAUCCCAGUUACGUCGCAGAAAGCAAGUGGACCUUUCACUGGAUAGGAACACACAUCGUCCUAUCAAUACAGAACCGAUUGCAUUCCACGGCCAAGGACGCGGGGUAAAUAUCAAAGAGAGACUGCUGGAUUUGAUGGAAAAGCAAGACGUGAAACUUGAUGAACUACUUAUUGGGAACCGAACCAGUAAAUAUAAUGGUAGAAGCUCUUCAUCGCCUAGAGUACUUCCCUCUGACUUGGGUAAAUAUCAAUUCGAAUCCGACUUGCGUUACAGACCCCAGAGGUGCCAGCUGCGCAGGCGGUCCUCAAGCCACAUGCGGCCUGAAUUUCAUUACCCGGCCUAUACUCCAACGAAUGCACACUCGGAUAAUGCUGAUGUGCAGGCUCAAAGACAACGGACCGAACGUAGGCGUCGAAAUUCUCGGGAGAAUUCAGUCAUAGCCUUGCAUCGUGCUCGUGCUGCAAAAUUGGACAACUUGCAAACGCACCUGGGAUCAGCUAAGGAAUCUGCCGUCAAUCGGAUUCGCAACGAACAAAAGCUAAUGCAGACUCCGCAUAAUCCGCAUAGUUCUCAGAUCAAGUACCGUGCCCGCAGGAACCGAGCGUUUUAGGCUCUGACUAUGAACAAGACUACUGGAGCGAGACUACCCGACCUUAACCUGAUGAUGAGUUGAUAAAAUGGACUUAAACCGCGAUACUUCUUAUUGGCUGUCCUAAUGCAGCUAAUGCAGAUUCCGCAUCAUCCGCAUGGUUCUCCGAUCAAGUGCAGUGCCCGCAGGAACCGAGCGUUUUAGGCUCUGACUAUGAACAAGACUACUGGAGCGAGACUACCCGACCUGAACCUGAUGACCAUUGAUGAUGAUGAAAUGGACUUAAACGGCAAUACUUUUUGUUGGCUGUCCUAAUGCAGCUAAUGCAGAUUCCGCAUCAUCCGCAUGGUUCUCCGAUCAAGUACAGUGCCCGCAGGAACCGAGCGUUUUAGGCUCUGACUAUAAACAAGAUUACUGGAGCGAGACUACCCGACCUGAAGCUGAUGAUGAGUUGAUAAAAUGGACCUUAACCGCAAUACUUUUUGUUGGCUGUCCUAAUGCAGAUUCCGCAUCAUCCGCAUGGUUCUCCGAUCAAGUACAGUGCCCGCAGGAACCGAGCGUUUUAGGCCCUGACUAUGAACAAGAUUACUGGAGCGAGACUACCCGACCUGAAGCUGAUGAUGAGUUGAUAAAAUGGACCUUAACCGCAAUACUUUUUGUUGGCUGUCCUAAUGCAGCUAAUGCAGAUUCCGCAUCAUCCGCAUGGUUCUCCGAUCAAGUACAGUGCCCGCAGGAACCGAGCGUUUUAGGCUCUGCCUAUGAACAAGACUACUGGAGCGAGACUACCCGACCUGAACCUGAUGAUGAGUUGAUAAAAUGGACUUAAGUCGCGAUACUUUUUGUUGGCUGUCCUAAUGCAGCUAAUGCAGAUUCCGCAUCAUCCGCAUGGUUCUCCGAUCAAGUACAGUGCCCGCAGGAACCGAGCGUUUUAGGCUCUGACUAUGAACAAGAUUACUGGAGCGAGACUACCCGACCUGAACCUGAUGAUGAGUUGAUAAAAUGGACUUAAGCCGCGAUACUUCUUAUUGGCUGUCCUAAUGCAGCUAAUGCAGAUUCCGCAUCAUCCGCAUGGUUCUCCGAUCAAGUACAGUGCCCGCAGGAACCGAGCGUUUUAGGCUCUCACUAUGAACAAGACUACUGGAGCGAGACUACCCGACCUGAACCUGAUGAUGAGUUGAUAAAAUGGACCUUAACCGCGAUACUUGUUGGCUGUCCUAAUGCAGCUAAUGCAGAUUUCGCAUCAUCCGCAUGGUUCUCCGAUCAAGUACAGUGCCCGCAGGAACCGAGCGUUUUAGGCUCUGACUAUGAACAAGACUACUGGAGCGAGACUACCCGACCUGGACCUGAUGAUGAGUUGAUAAAAUGGACCUUAACCGCGAUACUUCUUGUUGGCUGUCCUAAUGCAGCUAAUGCACAGUGCUACCUUGCAGCGAGACUACCCGGCAUGAACCUGAUGGACUUAAACCACAACACUUUUUUUUGGCUGUCCUAAUGCAUCUAAUGCAGAUUCCGCAUCAUCCUCAUGGUUCUCCGAUCAAGUACAGUGCCCGCAGGAACCGAGCGUUUUAGGCUCUGACUAUGAACAAGACUACUGGAGCGAGACUACCCGACCUUAACCUGAUGAUGAGUUGAUAAAAUGGACCUUAACCGCAAUACUUUUUGUUGGCUGUCCUAAUGCAGAUUCCGCAUCAUCCGCAUGGUUCUCCGAUCAAGUACAGUGCCCGCAGGAACCGAGCGUUUUAGGCUCUGACUAUGAACAAGAUUACUGGAGCGAGACUACCCGACCUGAACCUGAUGAUGAGUUGAUAAAAUGGACUUAAACCGCGAUACUUCUUGUUGGCUGUCCUAAUGCAGCUAAUGCAGAUUCCGCAUCAUCCGCAUGGUUCUCCGAUAAAGUACAGUGCCCGCAGGAACCGAGCGUUUUAGGCUCUGACUAUGAACAAGAUUACUGGAGCGAGACUACCCGACCUGAACCUGAUGAUGAGUUGAUAAAAUGGACUUAAGUCGCGAUACUUUUUGUUGGCUGUCCUAAUGCAGCUAAUGCAGAUUCCGCAUCAUCCGCAUGGUUCUCCGAUCAAGUAAAGUGCCCGCAGGAACCGAGCGAAGCGAGACUACCCGGCAUGAACCUGAUGGACUUAAACCACAAUACUUUUUUUUGGCUGUCCACAAAUUUGUAUGGACUUUUUGGAUAUAACUUUUCGCACUUUUUGAUUUCACUUUUGGCGAUUAAUGUUUGGUUACCUUAUUACGGCUCCGCUCUCUUAGAUAGAGAGGCUAUAUAAAUGAUUUGACGAACGUUUUGAUACAUUAACGCAACUGCUUUCGUUAAUGAAAAAAUAAAUUUGUUCAAAUAGAUUGAAA